AUGGAGGUCAUACGAUCUAUCAGACAAGACCUCGGACUUGAUGCUCCGAAUCCAACAGAGGUCGAAAGAAUGCUUGGUCGCGCUCUAGAGCACUUGGCCGACCAACUCUAUAGAACUGACACACACUUCGUCCUCGAAUUUGUCCAAAAUGCCGAAGACAAUUCCUACCAUCCAGACGUGACCCCGACUCUCUCCCUUCGCAUCGACGAUUACUCUAUGAGGAUCAGUUGCAACGAACGCGGCUUCGACGAGAGCAAUGUGCGAGCCAUUUGUAAUAUAGGCACUAGCACGAAGAAACACCUGCAAGGCUUCAUUGGGUUCAAGUCGGUCUUCAAAGUCGCAAAUGUGGUCCGUGUGGCGUCGGGAGACUUUCGCUUCAAAUUCGAUAGAGACGAGAGGCUUGGUAUGAUUGCGCCAAUGUGGGAAGACGAUCUUCCCGCUCAACCCGGAUGGACAGAUUUUCAUCUCGAACUGACUAGUCUAAGACAAUCCUCGAUGCCCCCCGGGAUGGCCCUGAGCUUCAAACUGGACGAAGUCAAGGCCUCCCUUUUACUCUUCCUCCAAAGGCUCCGGUUUAUCGAACUUGACUUCGCAUUAAGCGACCCCGACCGGCAGCGUAUCAUCACCCUCUUCCGCUACGAUAUUGGACCCGGCAUUGUCAAGCUCACUCAUUGCGAGAACGAUUGCCCUCUACGAGACGAUUUCUACCUUAUGGUCAACCACUUCAACGACAUGUCAGCCACACAAGAGCCGAAGCGGCCGGGACUUGAUAGGAGUGAGAUUGUGCUUGCCUUCCCCAUCGCCGAAGACUUUCAGCCUGUGUUCUCUCCGCAAGAUGUGCACGUCUUCCUGCCUUUGAGACCCUUUGGCUUCAAUUUCGUCAUCCAAGCUGACUUCUUGACGUCCUCGAGCCGAGAAGAUAUUCUUGCGGAUAGCCGUUGGAACAAACUUCUUCGCGAUGGGAUUGUCACUGCUUUCGUACAGGCCAUAGAACGUUUCCAUAGUCAAGACGAGUUGCGCGAUACGUGGUUUGGUUACCUGCCACACGCCGUGCUCGACCCCUUCUUCAGUGAGGUGGAGCCUCAUUUGCUUCGCGUACUUUCGAAUCUUCCUAUCAUUCGCAAUGCCAAUGGGGUAUAUCGCAGACCGCGAGAGGUUCUUGUCAUACCUACCAGGUUCCGUGAUAAGAUCGGAAUUCCUCUUAUCCCCGGCGACCAUCUACCAAAACCACAUACCUUCAUAUCGCCCGAUUACGAUCUAUCGGUUAGGGUUCUGAGGCCUUCACUCAAACGACUUGGGGUACAGGACAUGGAUGACGAUGUCUUCGUCAAAAGCCUCGAGAAUAUGAGCGCAGGAGGCGCGAUCUCUCACCAGUCGAUUGAAUGGCACGAGACGGUAUGCGACUUGCUGUACCGUUUCCCAAAGACUCGCAAAAUGCAAUUCCACCCGUCUAUCCGGAACUUGAACAUCCUUCCUCUGGCUAACGGAUCUUGGGUUCGCGCUGCCACAGCCUCAGAGCUGGUAUUCGACCUCGAGCUCAGCGGCAUCCCCGACGAUAUCGGCCUCCGUCGUAUCUCUCGCCAGGUGCAACCAUCUUCCUCUCGCUACCAACUAUUCUCUGCGCUUGGAGUCAAACCCGCGGAUCCAAAGCAUAUCGCACAGAGGAUUCUGAAGGGGAAGACCGGCAACCGACCCAAACUGCUCGUCCAGCGAGCUCGAUUUUUCUUUGACUAUCGCGAUCCUACCUACUCCCUCCCAAAGCCUCUCAGUUUAGCCGUCAUAUCCGAAUCUCUACGUCUAUAUCAAGGUCAAAAUACGUAUCUAGAUCUACCCGAGGACGGAGGGAGGCUUCGUGAGUUGUUGCCCAGGACCACACCAUUCCUCCAUUCGCUGUAUCUUCAGCAGUAUGAAGGCGAAGAGCAGCAGAGAUGGUUCACCUGGCUACAGGAUGUACUCGCGGUCAACACUGCUCCCCGCCUCAUUUCUGGUGCGCUCUCUGAAGAGUUCAUUCAUUCGAUCAAGAAUACCGCCGCGGAUAAAUUUCUGCUGGAGAUACGAUACUUCUGGCCACGACUCAAGGGUCGUAUUUCUGACAGCGGACUAUAUCAACUCUCGCAGGCCGUCAUCACACUCGAAGACCGAACGACUCAUCGCCUUGACCUAACAUUCGUCAGACGCAGAGUCUUUUCCCGCUUUCAUGCUCCGACAGAAAUCACCCUGCCCUUCCUUCCGAUUGCCGAUCCCGAUUCCGAAGAAUGGGACUUUCUUCGAUCAUUAGGCGUUGUCGUGGACGUGAACGCGAACUAUUUCCUCAAACUCCUUGUCUUGUACCAGACAACAGACUGUCGCAACCAGCAUGCUAUAUCUGGACUAUACCAGCAGUUAUCUUCGCGUUUUGAUGAGAACGCCGAUUCGAUACGCGAUACAUUCAAGCGAUAUCCUCUAAUAUUAGCCCCUGGUGAGGGAGUAUUAGGACGUCACUGGUUUACUCGGAUGGAAGCGUACUGGAAUGGUCCUCCAACCAUGGUGACCAAGUUCGCUGUCAAUCGCGCUUACGAUACGUCAUUUCGGGAAUUCUUCUACAGUAAGCUCGGAGUACGCAACGCGCCCUACACUACUCUCUUAGACGAGCUGAAACAGCUGGUAAAGCAGUGGAGGGGACGUGCCCUUACGAGCGAGGCCCACGAGAGAAUAUCGGACAUGCUUGUAGACCUGUGGGAUCUUGUUUCCGAGGAACGGAUAGACCUCGACGACCUACGGCGCUUGGCGGGCGACACGAUAUUCCCUGUCAAAUCCACGCAAGACGAAGUCUAUUUGAAGUCUUUGAAGGAAUUCUACCUACCUGACAGGGGUGGACGGAUCGCCAAACUAUUCGCUGGUCGCAUUCCACUCCUCGCUAUCGGCACUAGCCACCGUCCAUCCGUGAUUUACAGACUCCUAACAUCACCGGCCUUGAAGCCUGACGUCAAGUAUCUAGCUUCCUCGGUGAAACGUCAGCAUGAACCUCACGGUGUUCGGCGUUUCGACACUCUGUUCACUUCGACAUAUGCUCGAAAAUUUGAGUUCAUCGAGAGGUUGCUAUACUACCGUUCCGCGAAGCCUUCGGCGAGGCAACUUAGCUCCCUUGAGAAGAUUCAAAACAUGGCGAUUCAUAGAGUGGACAGAAUCGUCUCAACGCUCACUGUCGAAGAAGUGUCGCUCACUACAAGUGAUGCGGUAUCCGUCAUGGAAGACCAAUCUUACAUCAAUAUUCUCAUCAGCGGCGAGGCGCUCUCGAAUACAUGCGAAGGCGAGGUACACAUGGAGAUUUGUUUCCGCCUCGGUAAUUUGCUCGAGCUAGAGGUUGCGUCUUUGCUUCAGGCCGUGAUGAUGGAUGUCGGAACCCUUCGUACAUUGUACGCUUUUGAGGGCAUCCCUGAGCUCGACCAUGUCGGCCUAUCCCAGAACCGAGGAUGGCUGGAUGACUCGGUAGAAGACGACAAUGAGGGGCUACCUAGUAUGCCAUCACAGUCUCGUCACAAGACAACUCUCGCCCCCCAAUCCACCAAGCCUCGGCAGCCUAAGCAGACGGGUCGCUCGGGAGUAACAAGCAAUGGGCCACAGCAGAUUUCAAAGUCUAAAGACCCAUUGGGCAAGAUGCGAAAGCAGGUCGCGCAGAUGGCGGAAGGUUUUGCAACAUUUACCGUGGAUGACUCGACCGUGCACCACUCCUCAGUAAUAUUUUCACCUCAAUCCGUCCAGGAUCUCCUUCGCCCAGCACCAACACUCGAUAUGGAGCUUCUCUCUGCUAGCCCAUCACGAGCAUCCAACGGCUCCGUCACUAAUACUCUCGACCGCGCUCAACGGCUUCACGCUCUUCUAGGCGAGCGUUUCGUCUUCGCUAUGCUGUCGGAUCUCUUAGGUGAUAGUUUUGGCCCCGACAACUGGACUAGUGAGGCCCGAGAAAUUGUUGACGGGUUUGUCCCUUUCGAGGGAAGCAGCCUCGGCGACUUCACAUAUCAUGAUCAAGACGGAAUCCUGACCAGGAUCUGGUAUGACGGCGAUUCUGCAGUCUUGGAAGCAUGGGAAGGCAAAUGGCCGACAUACCACAUAGAGGUCAAAUCAACUGCAGGGACUGCACAAGACCCCUUCCAUAUUAGCAGACAUCAACUUGACAUCGCUUUGAACCUAACAGAACGCGAGGAUGUCGUCAAUCAGCAGAGCGAUGUCUAUGUCCUCAUUCGCGUAUGGGGCGUGCGCAAGCCUUCUUCGACAUCUUAUGCCGUUUAUGUCGAUCCCUUCAGAAGGCUUUGCGAUGGAGGAUUGAAGUUAGUCUCCGAUAGCGUGGAGCUCAUGAUGGGCGAUUAAUUCUUCACCGUCUGUUGUUCCGUUAUAUUUCUUGAUAUACUUUGAACCUCUCCUCCUCCUCGUGCUUAUCUCUCAAACUUUGUUAUGUCCGUCGUCUAGGAUCACAGUCUGCUCAUGAGGAUUUACGGG